AAGUCUAAACUGAAAAUAUGUAAUUUUUCAGAGAAACGAAUCAAAAAUACUUAAAAUCUUCACCCCCAAAUGCAGCAGAACCCACAAAUUGAUAUAGCAUCAACAGCUUGGAUAUUCAAUCGUUAUAGCUGCCAUAAAACUACGCAACAGGAACGCAAAUAAUAAAUUAUUUGACAGCAACAAGCGGCGGGCGACGCAAUGCAAUCAUCGACUGAUGCGGGCAAUAAUGGCACACGUAAAUAUACAGCACAACAGCAACAACAGUCGCAACCAUCGGCAGGAGCAGGAGCAGGAGCUGGAGCAGUAGCUGGAGCUGGAGCAGGAGCUGGAGCAGAAGCAGCGCCGGCUGCAACAAACCAAACAACGUCUUUUACCGUAAAUGACAACAGUCAGCAGCAACGGACGAGCAUAGGCAACACAAUCUCUAGCAAAAAUCCGUUCAAACAACAGUUGGAAAGCAAUAAGCAGAAUGGCAACAUGGAAGCAGACUACGGCAUUAUGGGAACAAGCGGAGCAGUCGGCACGGACCAACAGCUGGCAUCGCCAACAAACCAGGAACAGCUUUAUGCAUCACGCAAAUUGACAGGCGGCGGUCAACCGCCGCCGGAUCAAUAUCGACAGGAGGAUCCACGUGCAGCCGGUACUUGGUCUGCUGCCAAAACAUGGAUGGUCAGCUGGCGGGGCUCCAACCGGCUCGUUCUGGUCAUUGUUGCCAUAGCUCUCCUGCUGGACAACAUGCUACUAACAACUGUCGUGCCCAUCAUACCCGAGUUCUUGUACGACAUACGACAUCCGGACGCACCUCUCGACAGUUACCCACGCACGCCUCUCACCCUGGCCACUCCACCACCGCCAACGUCCUGUCCAUGUAAGGAGGGUGGCAAUGAUGUGGUGGUGCCGAUCGAGGUGUCCACGCCGAGCGCAGAAGAAAAUGAAACAUACUACCGGGAGCUAGAGGAACGGCACAAUGAAUUGGUUGGCGAAACUGUGGAAGUUGGUUUGCUCUUUGCAUCGAAGGCCAUUGUACAACUGUUGGUUAAUCCGAUUGUAGGACCAUUGACCCAUCGUAUCGGCUACAGCAUACCCAUGUUUGCCGGCUUUGUGAUUAUGUUCUUGUCAACGCUGAUUUUCGCCUUUGGUCGUUCAUACCUGGUACUCUUCAUUGCCCGAGCCCUUCAGGGCAUUGGCUCAUCGUGUUCCUCGGUCUCUGGAAUGGGCAUGCUGGCAGAUCGUUUCACAGACGACAAAGAACGUGGCAAUGCCAUGGGCAUAGCCCUGGGUGGACUUGCGCUCGGCGUGCUCAUAGGACCGCCCUUUGGUGGCGUUAUGUAUGAAUUUGUUGGCAAGUCGGCCCCAUUUCUGGUGUUGGCUGCACUGGCACUAGGCGAUGGUUUGCUGCAACUAUUCAUGUUGCAACCGUCAAUACAGAAAUCAGAGUCGGAGGAGCCACCGUCCCUGAAGAGUCUGAUCAGUGAUCCUUACAUUUUGAUAGCUGCUGGUGCAAUCACCUUUGCUAAUAUGGGAAUUGCUAUGCUAGAACCGUCUUUGCCGUUGUGGAUGGUGGACAAUAUGGGUGCAACGCGUUGGGAACAAGGUGUGGCAUUUUUGCCCGCUUCUAUUAGCUAUUUGAUUGGCACUAAUCUGUUUGGACCACUUGGACACAAAAUUGGAAGAUGGUUUGCCGCCUGCCUAGGACUGGUUAUCAUUGGCGCCUGUUUAAUCUUUAUACCCAUGGCUACCUCUAUCACGCAUCUGAUUAUUCCCAAUGCUGGUCUGGGCUUUGCCAUUGGUAUGGUGGACUCUUCGAUGAUGCCGGAGCUGGGCUAUCUAGUCGAUAUACGGCACUCGGCCGUCUAUGGCAGCGUCUAUGCCCUGGGCGAUGUGGCCUUCUGUGUUGGCUUUGCCGUCGGUCCAGCUCUCUCGGGAUCACUUGUGAAAAGUAUUGGGUUCGAAUGGAUGUUAUUUGGCAUCGCCAUCCUGUGCUUCUUGUAUGCGCCGCUGCUAACCUUCCUCAAGAACCCACCCACCAGCGAUGAGAAAAAGGUGCGUAUGGCUAUCGAGGCUGCUGCUGCAGAAGCAGCCGCCGGUAAUUCGAUUGCUCAAAUAAUGACAUCCUGUCCGGCUAUCAUGCACGAUACUUUGACGGAUGCAGGCAAGGCGAAUGAGGCUUUUGAAAGUGAACGAUUAUGAGCUCUUAAUUUAUGUUUUGAAUUUUUAAUUUAAUUAAAACUUACUAUUUGUAUAAUCUAAGGCUAUUUCGUCUCUUUACUUGCAAUAUGCAAUAUGUCUACAACAAUAAGAUGCUAAUUUAAAAUAUUUUCAUUUCUGUACAUUAAAUAAGUAUAAUUUGUUUUCUAUUUACAUAAGUGUUGUCAUAAUUAUUGUACAUAUAAACUCUUUUUG